AUGACGAUCUGCACUUAUAACGCACGUACGCCUGCAUCGGAAGCGACCAUCGAAGAUCUGAUAAUGCAAGCCAAGAAGAUCAAGUACGACGUCAUCGGACUGACCGAGACGAGACGACGUCACCUUCUCAACGCCGUAUAUGAAACUGGAGAAGAACUGUUCUUAGGAACAUGCGACAGUAGAGGUUUUGGUGAAGUCGGCGUCCUCGUCAACACGAGAACGGCAAAGAACAUCGACUCUUUCGAACAACUUACGACUCGAAUCGGACGUCUGCGGAUGAGAAGUUGUGGUCCAACACUCAACACUGGCGAUUUCAACGCCAAAGUUGGCCCAAGAAGAACGCCGGGGGAACUUCACAUCGGCACCCACGACCUACAAUGGAAUGACCAAGGGGAGAGCUCUCUGAGUUCAUCAUGA